AUGUCAAUUAAAAUAAAAUAUUUUUUAAACAAAAUAAUUUUCUUUUUCUUUUUAUUUUUUAAUUUUGUUAAAAAUUCAAAAUAUAACAACCAAGAAUAUUUAGUUUCUGAAAAAGAAAAUAAUUUUUGUGAAAAUAAUUGGGAAUAUUGGCCAGAAAGACAUUUAUGCAUUAAAAUAUUUAAUGAAAAAAUUGGUUGGAAUGUUGCAGAAAUUAAUUGUUUAUAUAAUCAGGGACAUCAAAUAUCUGUUAAAAAUAUAAAAGAAAAUAAAUAUUUGGAAAAUAUUGCGAGAAGAGUUGGUGGAUUGAUAUGGCUAGGUGCAGCACAAUUUGGGCAUUUAAAUAAUUAUAUGUGGACAGACGGAACUCCAUUUUAUUUUACUUUCUGGCAAAAUGGUAUUCAACCUUUGUUUAAUCCUGGAAAGAAAUGCAUUAAAAUGAAUAGUCUGACUGGUGAGUGGAUUCAAAGUUGUUGCCGUGUUGCAGCCCCUUUUGUUUGUCAAAAACCUGCAAUUAAAAUAGACAAAAAACAUUUAUUAAGAAAUGAAGAAAAAAAAGAAGAAUUUAUUCAACGUUAA